AUGGCUGCAUUUAUUAUUUACAAAUUUCUGUGUAAAGCGGAUGAACUUUUCAACAAUCCCCAGGAAUUCACUGACUUGCUGACAUUGCUACGUUCACCAGUGACAGCGACCGAUAACUCGCGUUCACUCUUAGAACUCACCGCUCCUCAUUUCCAGAACAAUCCUCCUCGACAGCAGCUGGGUGCUCAAGCAAUACCUAUUCUCACUGCUGCUGAUUACGAUCCUGCCUAUGCUGCUCUUUUGACACGGGUCGUCGACAGCUUUGGAACGCUCAAACAAGUGACCGCGUUACUGCGGGAUGAAGUAGAAUCCAGUGCUUUCGUACACAGCUUACUGUUAGAAGAGCCGAAUGCCACCCAUCACCAAGUCAUGUCAAGUUUGAACGGCUUUUUACAAACCUUGUCUAUGCCGAUACGAGAAGCGGUGACAGACGUACUGAAUUCGCAACGGCACAGUAGUGACGCUUUCGACGAAACACAUUCUGACAACUCCAAAUCCAUGCUAGUUCAGUGUGAACGAAUCAUCGAUGACGAGAAUCUGUAUAAUGCCUUUACUGCGAUAUUGGAUCAGCAUUAUGUCAAUCGUAUACCGUGGUCGGACAUGAUGCUACAGGUCUACGAACUAAUCAAGUUACACAAACCAGAAAUAUGGGAAAGACUGAUGCCGGUCUUGGAAUAUAUGCGGAGCGAACAAGAUGAAGAGCAGUACGACUCUUAUGAAGAAUACGUGAGGAAAAAUUUUCUCGAGGAUGGCGGACAGCAAUUCUUGGAAUCAGAGGCGGACCGUGCUGAAGUUGAACACAUGUUGGGUGGGUUAACUGUGACCAAAUAG